GCUUUGAACUGGAGUAGCCGCCUUUCCUCUCACAAAUAGUAGCGCUGUAUGUCCAUGAACAAGAACUAAGAACCAAAUUCCUUUAGCCGAGCUGUGACUAUCUGAUAUGAGAGAAUUACUUCAUCACCAAGUUUACUGUUUCAGAUGUCUAUAGGAAAUCCAUGAAGUCGACCAACGCAGUAUAAAAUAAGGAAACAAGAAGAGGAAGAUUUAGCCUAGACUACUUCUGGACUAGUUUGCAAGCUCUCCAAUCGGAAUAUAUAACAACCGUUUGAAGUUGUUACAUCUUGAGAACAGCAACAAUUUACCAUUGCAAGCAGCAGUCCACGACUUGGUUGAAGUUGCGCACGUCUCGUGGUAGCGCGCACCACCAUCGUGAUCAUUUCCUCGCGGUUACUUCACCUAAACUACCACGACGGCAAGGCCAACCAUGGUGAACAGCCGGGUGGAGGCAUCAGCCGUGGCGGUGACAGGGGGCGGCGGUGGCUCGGCAGGCAGGUCAUGCGCGGGCUGUGGUGGGCGCAUCGCCGACCGCUUCCUGCUCUUCUCCAUGGAGCGCUACUGGCACACGCGCUGCCUCAAGUGCUCCUGCUGCCACGCCCAGCUGGGCGAGAUUGGCACCACCUGCUACAGCAAAGGGGGCAUGAUCCUCUGCAAGAACGACUACAUCAGGCUGUUCGGGCACAGCGGGGCAUGCAGCGCUUGUGGCCAGUCCAUCCCUGCCAGUGAGAUGGUGAUGCGGGCACAGGGCAAUGUGUACCAUCUCAAGUGUUUCACCUGUGCCACCUGUAGAAACCGGCUGGUGCCGGGCGACCGCUUCCACUAUGUCAAUGGCACCAUCUUCUGUGAGCACGACCGGCCAGGGGGCGCCCUGCUCAGCAGUCACCUGACCUCGCUGCAGGGGAACGGCAUGAUGCCCGACCAGAAGGUCUGCUGAAGAAGAAUGGGUGACAAAGCAACGUGUGCCUUCUCCUCCCCCGCCUCCUCCUCAUGCUCUUCUUCCUUUUCCACCCAUAAGUUUGUCCUGCACCAGCCAUCCCAUCCUUCAGAUAUUCCCAUAUCCGUACUCCGGAUACUGCUGCCAGUGUCCCAUUAGCUUUCCCAGUAACACGGCAUUUCCCCCAAAAUAAUGUUUAUUCUGGUCAUAGAGAAUAAUGUUCUCAACCUUGACAAAAUUGAAGUCUCCUGCUUCAAGGGAACGAUGUGGAGGAGGGAAAGACUGUUGAUAAUGGAAGAGGAUGAUUUAUACUGUCAAAACAGUGUCUGUUUUCGGUAAGUCCGUUGGUGACUGACUUGCAUAAGACUGACUUGUAGUAAUGCCCUGAGAGGACUAUGGCAUUUCCAGUGAUGGACCAUCCUUGAUGUAGCACCUUUCCCUAGCCAGCACAAAACUACAGGGAGAGGGAGAUGCCACAGACCAAUAAAUAUAUACUGGUUCUCGUCCGGAGCUGUUUCAACCAAGCUACAGUUUAAUGACUCCCGAAACACGAAGAGUGUGUUCAAAACAAGAUCGCCACAUGAAUACACAGACACACACUCUCUGAGCUCCGACUCUAGGCCCUUUCAUGUGUCGGAUUGAGGGAAACAGGAAAUACUUUGGUUGUAGUGCUAUGCGACCGUAGCUUUUGCCCCCUGGACGUUCCUGAACUCUCAUUCCUGAACUCUCAUUGGCUCACUCGAACUGUCGAGUUAGGCCGAACGAGGAAUGAUCAAAUACACCUGCCUGGAUGUCUCGUCUACUUUCAAAAAUAUACUCUCUGUGUACUAAAUGAAGAAUGCCUGUAGAAUAUUCAUCAAAACAUACCUUUUAGUCCCAUGAUUAUUUUGUACUGCAAGUGGUUGCCUUGUGUUUCUCAAUUGUCUUCGAUAUUUAGUUAUGUUUUCAGGUGAAGUUGGUUCCUGGGGUUAGUAAAUGUACUCCUGUUUAUGGGAACAUACAAAUAUGCGUUUGUAAUUGUUGUUUAAAAAAUUUGGCCGGUGAGAAUUGUUAUUCCAACAUGACUUUGCAGCAGUGCUCUAUACGUCUUAAUGUAUUGUUGUUAUGUGGUGGUGGAAGAGGACAUGGUCAAAGUUGAACUGGUCCACAUAUAACCAGGGUCGUGUUGAGUAGGGCUCACUGUAGAUAGAAAACAGAAAUAAGUGUUUGUUAUUGGAGAGGCCAUGUAGUCCCUCGCUGUUUCAGGCCGUUUUUUCCGUUUGGUACCUAAUGAACACGACCCAGGUUGAGGGAAGAGGAGAGCGGCAUUGGGAUGGAGAGAAGUAAUAACUGUACAUACCUUUUCUAGUGCUAUUAUUGUAUUGUUGUCUAUGGUUGAAUUGCGUCUUUGUGUGGCCUAAAACAUCUAUAUGGAGAAAAAAAGUACUUUCUAAAUAACUAUAAUAAUCAUAAUAUUGCCAGUCACCUGUGUCGUGUCUGUAAUGAGUGUUUGGAUAAUAUUUACCUGCCGUUUGUGUGUGCGCGUGUGUAGCGAGGUGUGACAAAUAGCGCUUUCACACCGAAAGGUAAAGCUCCCGGACUCAGACAAACAUGGCCGAUUACCCUCAGGAAUGGAAUUUCAAAGGCUUGAGCUGGGGCCAUUACAGAAGCAAUUAAAGUGGGAUACGCUGGAGGCCCAGGCUUUAGCUGAAGUCCUGUGCCGGAGUCUAAUGAGGCCUAAUCUGGUGAGCUGGCCUAAUUAAAAGGGAGGGACCCCUUUCCUGUGGGUGCUGAGUAGAGCAGUCCAGCUGUUGACUUUACAGUGCUCACAAUGCAACAACAAACUGAAAGAAAUAAGCCAACCCUUUUUCUCUUACCUAUAACUCCAUAUAACUUUUCUUUCUUCACUGCGUAUGAAUUUGACAUUUUCACUUCUUUGUUGAGUUCUUUACUUGGAAGUUAGGGUAUAGGGCCUCUAUAUAUAGUACUGAAGGGCAUGUCGGAAUUGUUUCUUGGCAUGAAAACACCCCCUCAGAUCUUGUUUAUUUAAUUAGCUAAUUAAACUUCCAUCUUAUAGGUAGGUACCUUUGGCCUAGAAAUCACAGUCAGCUUUUAUGAUCUUCUUUUAUUUCUUAUUCCGUGACUUCUCUACAGAGAGAAAUUAAAACCAAACAUGCAACAGGCCUACAAAGAAGACAGAAAAAAAACACUGGAGUAGCCAGCUGUGACUUUUCAAAUGAAUGUUCCCAGAGAAAACUCUACCAUAAGCAUUGUGGUGUGUGUCGGUGCCUCAGCAGUUCCUCUUUUAGGGUUAGCCAAUUAGGUUCACACUCAAAAUAACAAUGAGUGUUUUAAUGGCCGGAUUUCAAAGCAUUUCUUUGGUAAUGAUGUAGAAUGGUUUUAAAGGAUGAACACAUUCCUCGGGUUCUUCAAACAUAAUCCAAACCUGAGCAUGAGUUUCAAAUCUUUCCAAAAAAAAAAAGUUUUUGUCAAGGUAUUUUUGGCAUUCCUCAGUUUGUUUCUAAUUAGACUCCCAUUCUUCCAUAGACACAAGUGGAGUUCAAUCAUAAUAACCAGAAUAAACCUGAUCUGAAAGAACUACAUAAGGGGAAGCAAUAUACCCGAUAAAUAUAAGAACACCUACAGAAGCACCUAUCUGACAUAUUGUAGAACCUGUUAUCGCAUUGGUAGGUACCUAUCCAGUCAUUUUAGAUCAGUGGUAGGUACCUAUCCAGUCAUUUUAGAUCAGUGGUAGGUACCUAUCCAGUCAUUUUAGAUCAGUGGUAGGUACCUAUCCAGUCAUUUUAGAUCAGUGGUAGGUACCUAUCCAGUCAUUUUAGAUCAGUGGUAGGUACCUAUCCAGUCAUUUUAGAUCAGUGGUAGGUACCUAUCCAGUCAUUUUAGAUCAGUGGUAGGUACCUAUCCAGUCAUUUUAGAUCAGUGGUAGGUACCUAUCCAGUCAUUUUAGAUCAGUGGUAGGUACCUAUCCAGUCAUUUUAGAUCAGUGGUAGGUACCUAUCCAGUCAUUUUAGAUCAAUGGUAGGUACCUAUCCAGUCAUUUUAGAUCAGUGGUAGGUACCUAUCCAGUCAUUUUAGAUCAGUGGUAGGUACCUAUCCAGUCAUUUUAGAUCAGUGGUAGGUACCUAUCCAGUCAUUUUAGAUCAGUGGUAGGUACCUAUCCAGUCAUUUUAGAUCAGUGGUAGGUACCUAUCCAGUCAUUUUAGAUCAGUGGUAGGUACCUAUCCAGUCAUUUUAGAUCAGUGGUAGGUACCUAUCCAGUCAUUUUAGAUCAGUGGUAGGUACCUAACCAGUCAUUUUAGAUCAGUGGUAGGUACCUAUCCAGUCAUUUUAGAUCAGUGUGGAUUUUUAAAAUCAGUUCAUUUUUAAAACGUAGGAGUAUUGCAUACUGAUAACAGCCACACAAACCGUCUCUAUACCUGUUCUAACCAAUGUGGCACCCAAUGUUUCAUUUGUAUACCUAGUCUAAUUACCAUUUGAUCCAGUAGCUUGACUAAUACUUGGCCAGUCAUCUCAUCAAAAUACAUGGAAAACUUAUCAGAACAUUUCUCUUAACUGUUCAGUUUAGGUUUAAAGACACUGAAAAUGAUCAAGAAACCGAAGCAAUUGUAUUAUCGGUAUCUUAUUCACAGGGGAUUCCAUAAAUAAACACUUUUUGCUGA